AUGAAGGCUCAAUUCAUCACCGCCGCCGGUCUCUUCGCUGGUGCCCUUGGUCAACAAUCUAUCUUCAGCGGUGCUGGAUUCGGUACCUACUACUACGAUGUCGAGAAUGUCGACGACUGCGGUACAUCCUUCAAAUACCAGAACAUGGGCCCCGUCAUGUGCAAUCAGGAGACUGCCUUGACCCUCAACGAUAUCAAUUCCAACUACAUUGUUGCCAUGAACAACACACAACUCGGCUCAGACCCAUCUCUCUACUGUGGAAAGAAGGUUGUCGUUUCCGUCAACGGUCAGGCUUCUGACCUUCCUCUCUUUAUCGGUGAUGGCUGCCAGCGCUGCGGCGGGGGUUCACUAGAUGCCACUACCUGGAAUGCCCAAGCUGCUCCUGGUCUCGACUUCAGUUUGUCUGUUCUGAAUGAAAUUUCUGGUGGCGCUGGUUGCACCAACGGCCAUGUUGAUAUCACCUGGGAGAUUGUCGAUGAGACUCUUUAUAACUUUGACACCAAUGCUCCUGCAAGUCUAUCGAUGCCUAUAUGGCAGCAUAGCUCCAUUGCAUUGGGGCCAGAUUUCUGUCUCCUCUUCUAUUUUCAAAACACAGUAUAG